UGUUGAGUCCCUUAACAGUUUCGUUGUUUGGAUAAUAGGAACAGAUAAUAUAGUACUUGUUUAGCUGAACUUUUUUAGCUUACUCUUUUCUACGAACAGAUGUACAAUGGGCGCUAUUGAUUUUAUUCCGAACGUUAGACCAUGGGAGUCUUUAGAAGCUCAACUUAGUGAGAUAACGUUACAUAUUAUUAAAAAUGUUUUUAAAUUUGAAGGAAUGACUCCAGUACAAGCUGCGACUAUUCCCUUGUUUUUGUCCUACAAAGACGUUGUUGUUGAAGCUGUUACAGGUUCUGGAAAAACUUUGGCAUAUAUAGUUCCUUUAUUUGAAUUGCUACGGAAAUCUGGCAAGUUAGCAAAGAACGAUGUUGGAGGGCUUAUAAUUUUACCAACUAGAGAGUUGGCCGUCCAGGUCUCAAAAUUGUCUUUUGAGUUCUUAAAAGUAGUUUCGGAGCUUUUUAGUCAAUUUUUAAUUAUCGGCGGAACCGAUUUUGGUUUAUCUCUUAAUUACUACCAAGAAACGGGUGGAAAUUUGUUAGUUGCAACACCUGGAAGACUUUUAAAGUUCUUAAAGCGUGUGACUAAAGUUAAUUUGAAAACUUUAGAAGUUUUAAUUUUAGAUGAAGCUGACAGACUUUUGGAUCUCGGCUUUAAGGAAGCCUUAACCGAUAUUCUUACACUUCUUCCGAAGCAAAGGAGGACUGGUUUGUUUUCCGCCACGCAAACUCACGAGGUUGAAGAUUUGAUAAGAGCAGGUUUGAGGAAUCCUGUUCGAAUACAAGUUAAAGUAAAAGCUUCUGGCCAGUUGUUAUCAUCGUCUGCUUGUAUAGCAACUCCGCCUACUCUAAACAACUAUUACUUUAUUUGUCUGCGUCAGGAAAAGUUUUCGCAGUUGGUUUCCUUUAUGAAGAAUAGGGAAUCUCAGAAGUUUAUUGUUUUUUUUGCCACUUGUGCUUGCGUGGAUUACUUUGCACUUGUGUUAAAAAGGCUUGAAAUUAUGAGCUCCUUCCCUCUACUUUCCAUGCACGGCAAAAUGGUGGUGAAGAAGAGAACUGGAACCUUUAACUCCUUCAAAGAAAAUAUUAACGGCGCUUUAUUUUGCACGGACGUCAUUGCGAGGGGUAUAGAUUUACCGGAUGUCGAUUGGGUUGUGCAAUUUGAUCCGCCACAAGACCCGUCCGUCUUCGUCCAUCGCUGCGGACGGACUGCACGGCAAGGUCGCCAAGGAUGCGCAUUGAUUUAUUUAACGGAGGAAGAAGAUGCCUACGUCGAAUUUUUGCGGAACAGAAAGAUACCGCUUAGUGAGUUUAAAGAAGAUUGCGCUACAUAUAAUUAUAGUAGAUUAAGCGAAGAUAUAAGACAACUCGCUAUGAAAGAUCGGAACAUUAUUGAAAAAGGCAAUAGAGCAAUCGUUAGUUUUGUUCGCUCUUACAAGGAGCAUCUUUGCUCCUUAAUAUUCCAUAUGAAGCAUUUGAGCUUAAGCGCGCUUUGCGAAGAAUUUGGUGUGAUAUCCGUUCCCAAAAUGCCGGAGUUUAAGAAUGUUCAUCUUAGUAUUAACCAGUCAGUGGAUUUAAAGUCUAUUCCAUACGCCAACAAGCAAAGAGAAGCAGCCCGUUUGAAAAAUAUAGGAAGGGCCACCUUGAAAAGUACUACUUACAAUAAAAAAUUUCGGAGGGCAAAUUCUUGGUCUUUACGAAAAGAUAAAAAAGCUUUAAAAAUGAAACGCAAACAGUCAAAGGCCGCCAAAAGGGCUUAUCGUGAGAAAGAAAAAUUGAGUUGUCAGAAGACGGAUGAAGUCGAUCUCGAGGAACUUGAGAGAGACACAAAACUUAUGAAAAAAUUAAAAAAGAAAAAAAUUUCUGAGGCUGACUUUGAAAAUUUUUUUGUAAAUAAACCUCUUUAGAACUUUGCUUUAACCGACUCUGUUGCUACUCACACUCGUACUUUUGUAAAUGGAUUUUGAGUUUAAUAAAAGUA